AUGGGAUCUUCGGCGCACCUCAGCCGCCUGAUUGAAGCUACCAGCUGGGUUACCAUUGGCAGCCUGCCCGCCAUCGUUGUCACGUUCCUCCUAGAGGCCGGACCCUGCCCCAUGCACUUGUUCUUGUUGCUGGCCGCGGUGGCGACCCUAUACAUGUACAUCGUGCGCCGUCCUCGUCGCGUGGUGUACCUCGUGGAGUACGCCUGCUUCCGCACCGUGCCCUCCUACCGUGCCCCCUCGGCCGUGUUCCUUGAGCACACACACCUCCUGCACGGUGCACUUGACGAAGACCGCACUUCUGCCGUCGACUCCUUCACGGCGGGCGUGCUGGAGCGGUCAGGCCUCGAGGAGGAGACCUCCGUGCCCCCCUCCCUCAGCUACGUCCCGCCCGACAAGAGCCUUCAUGCGGCAUGCAAGGAGGCCGAGCUCGUCGUCUUCUCCGCCGUAGACGCCCUGCUCGCCAAGACGGCAACCAGGCCCGGGGACGUCGACGCGGUGAUCAUCUGCUGCAGCAUGUGUGCACCAGAGCUGGCACUCUCGAACAUGAUCGUUAACAGGUAUGCCAUACGCAGCGACGUGCGGAGCGCCAACCUCUCCGGGAUGGGGUGCAAUGCGGGGCUAAUCGCGGUAGGGCUCACGGAGAGCCUCCUCCGCGCCAUGCCGCGUGGCGCGUGCGCUGGUCAUGUCAACGGAGAUCCUCUCCUUGAACCACUAGUCCACUAUGUGGGCGCCGACCACUCGAUGCUGGCCGCGAACUGCACGUUCCGCAUGAGCGGCGGCGAUGCUCAUGUCCACCUCCGCGACCAACGCGCGGUUCCGGCUCCGUUGCGCCGUUCGUACCUGCUCGGCCGCUGA